AUGGCCGUCUCAAUCUGGAACCGCAAGUGUGAUCUGAUCUACUUGAUCUUCUUCCUUACACACGUUCCAAUCAUGUUUUGCGUUGAUCUCACGCCGCUGUAUCCAGCAGCUUUGAAGCCUGCGUUCAUGACCGAUCUACGAACAUGGUACAUCACCACUUACAGAGAUCAAUUCUUCUCUUCUCCGCCUGCCUGGUUCGACACCUAUAUCUGGCUCGAAGCUCUCUACCACGUUCCGCUGAGUCUUUGGGCUGUACCGGCUCUUCUUCGAGAUGAUCCCAAAGUGCCACUACAUCUUCUUAUCUUCGCUCUUGAGGCUGGGCUUACCACCUUGACUUGCAUUGCCGACUUCCUCAGCUGGAGUGGCUACUCACACAAUGAGAAGAUUGAACUUGGGAAGCUCUAUGUACCCUACCUGGCACUGGCUAUCUUUAUGGGUCUUGAUAUGUUCUACCGCUUGAGUCGAGUCAUCUCUAUGUCCAGAUCAGACAAGGCAAUCAAGAGCCAAUAG